AUGUCUCACGCGACUAGCAGCAGUAAUUCAAUCAUUUGGCCCCCUACUGAUUUGUUAAACUCAAUCCAAGUGUUUGAUAAACCAUGCAAAUAUAUUAUAUCCAAGAAAAAGUUAGGUGAUGGGACUUUCUCAACCGUCCACGAAUGCAAAGAUAAAAUAACAGGUCAACAUUAUGCAGCUAAAAUGUAUUCCAAAAAGUUAGUUUAUGGUUUAGAAUCAAUGUUACAAAAUGAAUUCAGUGUACUAAAGAGGAUUUCAAAGGGUCAUCAUAAUAUCUUAAGUUUAGUCGACUAUUUUGAAACUGAAGAUUCUUUAUUUCUCAUCACUGAUUUGGCAGUUGGUGGUGAGUUAUAUGAUAGAAUAGUUAACAAAACUCAUCUUGAUGAUCUGGAAGUUCGUGAAUUAACAAAAACUUUGGUUACAGCUAUCGAUUAUUUACAUACCAACAACAUAGUUCAUAGAGACAUAAAAGCAGAAAACAUUCUAAUUCAAGGUAAUAAUUCAAAGAAUUUUGCUAAAAGUCUAUUACUUGUUGAUUUUGGGUUUGCCCGUAAACUUGAUAACAAUAGAAUUCAUGAACUUGCUGGAACUCUUAGCUAUAUGGCACCUGAAUACUUUAAUAAAGUAAAAGGCCAUGGAAAAGAAGUUGAUGUAUGGGCUAUUGGUGUUUUGGUUUACUUUAUGUUAUGUGGUUAUAUGCCAUUUGAUUGUGAAACUGAUGAUCAAACUAAGCAUGCCAUUCAAAAAGCUGAUUAUUCAUAUUCACCUCCCUCCUAUUGGAGUCAUGUAAGUGAUGAAGCUAAAGAUUUCAUAGAUGCCUGUUUUGUGGUCGAUCCUAACGAAAGACCUUCACCCAAAGAGUUGUUAAAACUUCCAUUCCUAGAUUAUAAGUCAAAAGCUUCACUUCUGAGAAAUUUAAGUUCUACAAGUUUAAUUUUAGAUGGUGUAUCCAGAAAGUUGAACAUGCAACUUUUACAUAGCCAACCGCAAUUGCCACUUGGAAGCUUCCAAUCAUCGCAUACAUCAUUAUCAGUGCUUUCGAAUGGUCGCACUUUAACAACUAUGCUGUCUAAAUCAUCUUUCUUAGGUAGAUCAUCUGGGAACAGUUUAAUAGAAGAAACUAUGGCUUUAAGAGGAGCUAAAUGUGAACCUCCCGACUUGGUAUCCAGGUUUACUUCGCCAAUAGCUUCUGCACUUGCUUCCAAGCAAACCUCAGUAAGUGAUUUUCUGGCUUUCUUGGAAGGAACAAGAGCUACACAGUUUGAAUAUGUUGAGGACGUGGCUCGUGACACUGAUAAUGUAAAGUUCUAUUUAUAG